AUUAGAGUUAGAUAUCUACACGAACAUUCCCUCUCUUCGAAAAUAAUGGAGCAAAUCAAGCAUACUUACGUUGAAGUCAACGGAUUAAAGCUCCAUGUGGCUGAGAUCGGAUCCGAUUCAUCACCGGCUGUCGUUUUUCUACACGGAUUUCCAGAGAUAUGGUACACGUGGCGCCAUCAAAUGAUUGCCGUUGCAAACGCUGGUUUCAGAGCCAUUGCACCCGAUUACAGGGGAUACGGACUAUCCGACAUCCCUCAACAACCCGACAAGACUUCAUUUGCUGAUCUGGUCAACGAUACUGCCUCCAUUCUGGAUUAUCUUGGCAUUUCUAAGGUAUUUGUGAUUGGUAAAGAUUUUGGAGCAAUGGUUGGCUACGCAUUUUCGCUUUUUCACCAGGAGAAAGUUGCAGGAGUUAUAACACUUGGAGUUCCGUUUAUGCCCCCUGGUUUUUUCAAGAGUCAUCAAGCCCUCCCUGAAGGUUUCUACAUGAAACGAUGGAAGGAACCAGGAAGAGCUGAAGCUGAUUUCGGUCGGUUUGAUAAGAAAACAGUGGUGAGAAACGUCUACAUUAUGUUCUCUAAAAGUGAAAUACCGAUAGCAGGUGAAAACCAGGAGAUAAUGGAUUUGGUGGACCCGUCGGCUCCUCUACCCUCUUGGUUCACAGAGGAGGACCUUUCAGCAUAUGGGGACUUGUACCAGAAGUCUGGAUUUCAAACCCCACUCCAAGUUCCUUACAGGUCAUUUGCAGAGAAUGUUGGAUCUCCACAACAAGGUGUAGAUGAUCCAAAAGUUGAAGUUCCAGCACUAUUGAUCAUGGGUGAAGAAGAUUACGUGUUCAAAUUCCCAGGAAUGGAGGAAUACUUGAAGAGUGGGGAGGUCAAGAAGUAUGUGCCCAGUCUCGAAAUCGUAUACCUGCCUCAAGGUUGUCAUUUUGUUCAUGAACAAUUCCCGGAUAAGGUUAAUCAACUCAUACUCAAUUUUCUCACUCGCUACAAGUAUUGAUUAGUGCUUGUGCGUUUGUUCGUGUUAUGGAAAUAUAUAUCUUGAGUGUGAAAUAAAUGGUACCAUAUACCUCAUUGUCCAUUAACCUUAAACAUCAAUAUGAAUACAGCCAUGAUUGGUUUCAAACUAACCAUGUGUUCUUGUUCUAUAUAAGGAAUCCGAGAUAGUAAUUUAUAUGAAUACUCGUGUAUUUCUUCA